UUCCGCCGCCAUAUUUGUUUCUAAUUUCGUGGCUAUUUUACUAAAGGUGGUAUUGAAAUUAUAGUCUUAUGCCCUACUGCAGUUUUUAUGGUCGAGCUAAUUCAAAACUGAUUUAUUCAAUUAAACGCAAUCUGGUACAAUUUAGCCAGAGUUCGAUUAGUUGUGUUGCUGAUUUCGGCAACAAAGCGAGAGGCUGAGGACUUGUGUUGACACGCCAGUCAGAGUGUGUGCUUUGAAGGGAGGAACAUUUGAGCAGGUGAGCCACAGGAGGUGUUGAUAGACACCCACGCCACACUGGAACACACUUAGAGUUGGUUGUUACACUCUGCAAUAGAAACAUUAGAGGCAAGAGAAGGGAUAUGAACACCCCCGCCUCUCAGCAGAUCACAGUUCAGAAUUGAUAUUUGAUACCCCUGUUGGAUCAAAUCCAGUGACGCUUGGGUCCAUGAGGGUUGGUGAGAACGAGAGGGGGGAGAGGCUUCGUUGCUGUAACAGUGGGGAAUGAAAGUGUCAGCUAAAUGGGGCAGAACAAACAAGGAUCCUUUUUAAAAAAUUAAACAGUUUCUAAAAUAUCGACUUUCUCUGUUUUUUGUUACUACUUCUAGCUCUCUUUCCCUCUCCCCCUUUGCUUUGCUAACUCCACUCAAUGUUGACCCAAGUGUUGACUGGCUGUUAAAACAAUACCCUCAAUUAGACGACAGCAACAGAUCCGAUAUCCAAUUCAAAAUCCAAUAUCAACUUAGCUCACUAACUCAACUCAACCCACUUCCAUCAAAUACAAACUGCUUCAUACAACAGAAAACAACCCCAAAACACAACAAUAAAAUAACGCAGCUGAACUAAAUCAAAGUGUUACCACUCGCCCUUUCGCUACUUCGCUUGACCAUACAUUCGUCUUCUCUUAAGACUGUUUCUCUUUGAUUCGGUUGAAGUCUUUUGUCCUGUCCUAAAAACAACAUUCAAAGGAAUCACCAACUUCUCUCACAUCAGGCAGAAUUGAGCCAGUCGGAAUGGAAAAUAGGUCUAAUAUCCCUUAUUAAUGUAUUCAGAUCCAAUUCUAUUAGUCCAUUCUAUUAUCACAACACUUCUCCGCAAACCCAGACUCAAAAAAGGCGACAUCAAAGAAUAAAGAGCAAUAAGAAACUGAUCAGUAAUGGAAACAGUCUGCAGCAAUUCGACUUUCUUCAUGAUUUGUAUAUCCGUGGAACUUCCGCGCAUUUUGUUUAUUAGUCCUCCGGCUACUAUAUUCCCGGGCGAGCCGGUGGAACUGCUGUGCAAGACCAGCUCAGGUCCCUCUGGCGGCGGAUCCUCGCUACAGACCAUCGAAUGGCUGGACUCCCGCAACAAGGUUUUGAGCAACGGCGGCAGUCUCAAAUUUGAGCAAACUGAUGGCUCCAUCUCUGGCACCUACACAUGCAGGGUUUCCAAUAUAGCCGGGAUUACUCAAAAAUCGACAUCUAUUCAUGUUCUUAACCCACCUGAAUGGGUCACAGUUGAACUGAAGGAGAACUCUCAAUUGGUCAACGAUACAAACGUCUGUUUCAUCUGCAAAUCAGGAGUCAGCACACCUCCAGUCAGACUCGAAUGGACUGCGGCCAGGUUCGGACACAACUCCCUCGGCGUCGAGAACUCAACCUCCCUCAUUCAGACAUACGACUCUUCUCCUGAUUCUGACGGUCAUAUUGUUCAAAAGCAGAUAUGUUUCCACCUUUAUGAGUCACUGCAUAACCAAAUGUACAUUCAGUGUAACGUUUUCUACCUCGGCAAGAAAGUGAAGACUGAAGAAAUGAGGUUAGACGUUCAAUACCCGCCCUAUUUGAAGUCCACGCCUCCGUUUGAGCUUCGGAUUCCUCGAAACCAUUUGAUUACUAUAGUAUGUCCUAUUGAAGCUGGGAAACCUUACGGUUUUGUAGACUGGGAAGGAGUCCCACUAAAAGACACUCAGUUUGAAGUAGCGACGACCAAGUUUUCGGCCAGCACUAGUGUGAAUUGUUGCCGUAAAAACGAACACGGACGAAUCUGUUUCUACUACGAAGUGUUGAUCGUGGAACCAACUGAGAUACUGGCGCUGUGGCCAAGCUCCUAUUACCCAGAUCAGGGCGAGACCAUUACCUACAACUGCAAAGUGAUCCACGAUAAAAAGAACAAAGUGUCUCCGUUUGAGCUGACAUGGAAGUUGGGAAAUGUGUUUCUGGCCAACUCCACCUCUGUACAUAACAACCAGUUCCUCCAGAGACUCACCCCCACAUCCAGUCUGGGAAAACUGACCUUGACCUACACCCACCCACUGUUCGGAGAGAAUGUUUCCUGCUCAGUGUCGCAGCUGAACCAGAACAAAAGCAGUGCUUCAUUCAGUUAUGCUCAUUCAAUUGAACCUCCUCGGCAACUGUGGACUGAAAGAGUGUCCAAUUCCAACUCAGCCGAGGUGCUAUGGCAUUGGACUGGUAGCUACACAAUCAUUCACUACGCCUUGUCAUUCCUCACAGCGCACGUGUGCGACUUCUCACGCGAAUACAUCCUCGAGAUGGGCACCACAACCAGAAGUCGCGACUCUAGCUACCCGCUGACUGAUUUGCUCAAAAGACAAAACAGAACAGACCAGGAGUUCUGCAUUAUAGUACAGGCUUGUGACACGUUUUCCUGCAGUCAGCCUAGUUCCGUGUUUACAGUCAACUUCAAAGACAUCGAGAUGAUGAGCACAGGAGGAACCACGUUCAGCAAUAACAUCACAACCAUCAUGAAAACCAGCAAACCACCCUGGGACACCUCAAGCAACCAGGCACUGGGCAAAGAUGCUACAGUCGGCUUCUUGGUGUACGCAUGUGUCUUUACAGUUUUCGCCGCUUCUAUUUUCACUUCUCUAUUCGCUUUUUGGCUUGUCAACAGGUUCAGCAGAAGGAGUCACGGACUUCCGCUUACUCAUCUCAAUCACCAUCAACAACAGAUACAAACAGCACAUUACCAAUUUAAUAGUGACCACCUGUACCAGUCCCAAAUUCCAUACCAGCUCGCCAUUCAGCGCAAAGUCGACGAUGUGAACGUAUACACCAAUUUCCGCCAGAUCUGACAAAUCAACCUAU